UUUUUCCUGUUCGCCCGACCGAUGAUCAGAUCUGAGAACAGAGACAGCAAUACUGAGAUAAUUUCAAAUUUAACAAAAAAGUUUUAUAUCCUAAAUGAUAUACAACUGAUAUCAAUAAUUGAGGCAAAAACAUUAGCACACACUGUCUCAUCACAGUACAGUAAGAUGUAUACUCACUGCUGCAAGCAAUGAAUAAUGGCACCAGCUUCCUGGUUUGUAUUUUACAUGACUUGUGGUUUCUGUACAUGCCUUGUUUUGAUCGAUUAUAGAAACCGAGAGAGUUUUGCUGCACAAUGGCCUACAAUCAAUAAACGGAAGACAUAAUGCUUCUGUCACCACUAAUAAACCCGGCUCGUUAUGCUGUGCGAAAACUGCUUGCUUUCCUUCGACUUGGUCCUUCUAAAUCAAGCAGUGCAAUGACUCACCCUCAUAAACCCCUGAAACAGAACAGCUCUGAAGAGGACUUGGUGUCUGGAGAUCUCACUGAUCUACCCCUGUUCAAGAACAUGACCAUCAAAGGGCUAAAUGGUCAGGAUAAGGCAGACACCCGCUGGACUCUACCUCGUCUAAAAACAUAUGAUGCUGUAGUCUUCGACAUGCUCAGGGUGGUGCCAGAUCAUUUUGCAAGUCAAAUAACACUAAUGGAUUUGCCAGUAUUUAAAAGUAUUACAGCGGAAGAGCUUAGUAGUUGUGCUUGGUCAGGAAAAGACAAGAACAAUGUGUGUCCAAAUGUUGUUGCGUUUACAAGACGCUUUAAUCAUGUAAGUUUCUGGGUAGUAAAAGAGAUCCUGAGUGGUCAGACGGUUAAGAUUAGAGCAGAAAUUUUGGGGCAUUUUAUAAAGAUUGCAAAGAAAUUAAGUGAUUUGAAUAAUUUUCAUUCACUAUUAGCCAUUAUAUCGGCUCUACAUAGUGCAUCUGUAUAUAGGUUAACGAAAACAUGGAAUCUUUUACACAAGAAAGAGCGUUCAACAUAUGAGAAGCUAGCAGAACUAGUAUCGGAGGAAGACAACAGACAGAAAUUAAGGGAACACCUUAACAACAUACGCCUACCCUGUGUACCAUAUUUAGGAAUGUAUUUACAGGAUCUUAUUUAUAUUGAUGUAGCACAUCCUAGUACAGGAGGACUGGACAGUGAGAUGAGGUCUACAAAGAUGAAUAAUGUUCUGCGAACAAUAGCGGAAUACCAGCAAUCACAGUAUGACCUUGAGCUUUUGCCUCAUGUGCAAAAUUAUUUGAAAUCUGUUAGGUAUAUAGAAGAACUACAAAAGUUUGUGGAGGAAGACAAUUAUAAAUUAUCAUUGCAACUAGAACCCACAGUGCAGUUGAUUACAAAAUCAAAGGAAGACUUGGAUAUUAAUGAAAAAGUAUCUAGUAAGAUGGUGGCUCCAGGGACACCAACAGCAACCUCCAAAUUUGUCCCUGGUCAUCGGAAGUCGAGAAGCUUAGGGGCCUAUUUUCUUUCCACGGGUACCGAACUCAGUAUUCCGCCAGGUGGCUUUGGAACACUUGGGAAUGGUUCAAGGCAUCUAUUAGAUGAUAGCAUCCUUGAGGAUAAUCCACAUGCUAAGCCAUCUGUUUCAACAUGCAGUUCUGUGGAAGGAUCCAUGAAUGGAAUGUCAAUAGGCGGAAGUAGUGAGGACUCUGAGGUAAGUGAUGAUCAAGAUGUUUGGUUGAAUGACGGUAUAUCAGAAAGUCUGGAAGACUUAGUGCAAAAUAUACCCGAGAUUCCAACGUCAUCAUUCACUGUACAAGGUCCUCUAAAAAAGAAAUCUGUAAUGAAGAAUGGUCGAAAAGUGUCUGUAUCAUCCUGGACUAGGUUUUGGGUGGGUCUAUGGGGAACCAAUCUGAUAUUUUAUGCUGCCAAAACAUUCUCUGGUCCAGACAGAACAAAUUUUCGUUCCAAGCCUAGUAAGAUGACAUCUAUUGUUGAUUGGAUGGUGAUUGUCCCAGAGUCUAAGGGCCACAAUGUAUUUCUGUUAGCUGACUCUAUAACAGGUAAUUCUUACAAAUUCAAGGCAACAAGUUACUCAAAUACUUGCCAAUGGGUUAGGAAGCUAGCAGAUGCUACAAAGAAGAGUCGGCAACAGCUUAAAUGUGUUGUACCGGUACCGGUUGGGGCUUCUCUGUAAAGGCUUCACUUACCUUAUGUGCACUCAGUUGUCCCAACAAAUCUGAUGUCCUUCGAGUAAGAACACUACCUCAAGAAAUAAUGCAAGGAUUAUCAAAGUGAGUGGUUGGCAGGUGACCAAUAAAAACAAACUAUUAUGGUCAUUUGAAUACCAGGUGUACAAAGUAACAUGCCUGAUGUAACAAUUUUGAAUACAGUAAUCAUCAAAAAUACCUGUAUGAUCGUUGAUGUACCAGGUGUGCUGUUUUAUAAUAAAUGACGGAGUGCAAUCAUCUCAUCUACGGCCAAAGGAGACAAGUGCUCAAUAAAGUGGAACUUGAACACCUGUGGACUAAUUUUAAUGUAAUAUAAACACAGGUGCUCAUAUCAAACCCAACGGGAGGAAUAAAUGAUAUGUACCUUAAUGAGAAACUUUACCCAAAAUGCAUUGGUGAACUUUAUAAGGUAUUAGUUACUAAAUUGUAAACAAGAUAUAAACAAACCUGACCAUUUAAAGUUAUUCUUAAUGUACAUAAAAUUGUUUAGACGUGCAUGCUAGCACUAAAGAUAUACCAAAUUUAGCACUUACCUGAAAGCCAUUUAUAUGCGUGGACAAAAUGCGCGAAGAUGUAAACAUGCGUAGUGAAAAAAGCCUUGAAAGAUUGUUUACAUUGAAGUACUGUAGGUGAACAAUCUCACAGAUGUCGUGCCUAAACUAUAGGUGGCUGCAUUUUAGGUUUGAAUUUGACAUGUCCUUGAGUUCCAUAAACCAAAGUUAUGUGUGAACACUUGUUUUAAAAACCCACAUACAGAAAAUCCAUUUUAAAAUAAAGGAUUGGAUAUUUGAAUUUAAAUGUCGUCAUAUGGUGCUAGAAAAAGCAGGGCUUCUCAUAAUGGUGAGAAUGUUCCUGAGGCCUGUGGGAAACCUUAAAAUUCUGGUUUUAGAUGUGUUUGAUCAUAACCUAAAGGGGAAGGGGUUGAAUGGUAACUUAUUGAGGACCCAAUGCUCAUCUCAGUUCAUUAACAUCAGAGCAUGCAGUUAUAUUAAGGUACUAGUAGUGUAUAAUUGUGUUAUUGGGUUGACAAAUCUAUUGCAUUAAUUCAUAACUUUUCCUAUUGUUUAUUUAUUUAUUAACGUAUAAAUGAGCUCUAUAACUGUUAUGUCCUGGUUCAUGAUACACAAGAUAUAUUAUCAAAUUAGGAGUUUAAGAUUUGUUGAAUUUGAGAAACAAAUUCCUUCCUUAUCUUUUAAUUCAUUAACAGGUUAAAUGCUUAAGUUGCCCAUUUUUGUCAGACUAAUUUGCAUAUUGCUUCAGGCUUAGUUCAAAAUAAAUUCACACAUUAGCUAAGAGAUAUUUUUCAUAAUAUUAGAAUUGAUACGAUGUGUAUAAUUACAGGUUAAAUGACCUUGCCAUGAUGCUUGAGGAUUCACAUUGACAAAGUUAGCAUUUGCUUUAUCAGGAUGUGUUUGGAAUCCUGUAUAUACUUGAGAAGGACCUCCCAGUUGCCUAAUCCUACUGUAUAUAGGAAGAUCAAGAGAUUAUUACGUCUCUUACACUUAAUUGUUCACUUAAAAGUCUCCUGUGCACGUUCACAUCUUUGAGAGUUGUUCCAUAACUCCAUGACUAAAGCCACUCAGAGGACAGGAUGCUUACAUUUGAAAUAAGCAUUUGAAUAUUUGUUCUGGCUCAAGUCAAUUGGCUCAACAAAAUAGCCAUUUUACUAUUUAAAUUUCCUUAACAAAUAAAUGCAAACAGACGAACUGAUCAAUAUACUCAAUAGAAAAAAAAAACCCUUUAUCAUAAAAAACCAAAUGCUAACAUUAUGUAAGUGUUCACUUUUCUAAUUCAUAAUUCUUUUGGGUGGUACUUGCACAAAUACACCUGUUAUAUUUUUAAUUGACUUUGAAGUCAGGACAGAUAUGAACAUUUAACAAAAACAGAUGUUGCUGUUUAACUUAACAGAAAUUUUCUUCAAAAAUUACUAUUAUUCAUUGUGAGGUUGAAGGCCUGGCUAAUGAUUUUUGGCGCCCUAUUACUCCGGGACUACAGGCUGCCUAUAUGGUCCCAGUGGGACUAAGGACGGCGCUCCAUCUGUAAGGGCAUAUUUUGAUGCUCCCAGGAUUCCACUAGGCCAAUUUAGGGCCCAUGGUCCUGGCAAUUAAUAUCCCAUGCUCCUUAAAGCCGGGGCUCAUGGAUUUAGCCAGUAAGAGCUCAUAGGUGGUCUGUCCAUAUAUAGAGCAGGACAAUAGAAAACACAAUACAAUUAAGUUUGGAAAAUGAACACCAUUUACCCUCUCUAUAUCCACAACAGAAGGGCUACUACAUAACAGAUUUAAUGUUCUGAAGUCAUUACCGGUAAUACAUAGGCAUUUAGGCUGAACUGGGAUGGGGGAGGCUUUAUAGUUCAUUUGCUGUAUAUUGAAGGUGAUAAGAAGUGGUUGUUCCUCAGUGGAAUACUGUCUUACCUGUUAGUUUAUAAGUUAUACAACUAAAAGGUAUUAAAGUCACCUGCAAUAAGAUGCUUGCUGUUUAUUACAUUUGUAUAUGCAUAUGUAAAGUGGGCUGGCUACAUACUGCCAAUCAGGAUGCAGUGUUUAGGAUGUUUGCAUUUUAACAGGCCUGGAAGGAUGCAUCCAAAUGCAAAAUACAAAAUAAUGAAAUUGACCGAUAAGAGAGCAAUUUUAAACAAUUUUACAUUUUGGUCUCCAAAGAGUCAGCAAUAAUGCAGAAUGUAAAAUGGGGAUUUUUUUCUGUUUUAUUUUUGUGGAAAACAAGGUAAAAGUCUGCCUACAUUACUUUUUAUAUAAUUAUCUAUUUGUAAGCCUAUUAGAAUUUAUUUAUCUUCUGAGUUGUAUACUACUUCAAACAACUCCUAAAUUGAUAUUGUUUGAUAUUUUAUCGAUAUAUGAAUGUCUUGUUAUUUCCUUGUUUAUAUAUCUUGAGUUUGCAUAAUAAUUAAUUUUAAUUGUAUUUAUUUAUGUGUUAUUUUCUGUGUCUUCUUUUGAUUCAGUAUUUGAAAAUUGUUUAUAGGUAGACAUUUUAAUUUAAACUAUUUUAUGUUCCUAAAGUGUUACUAUAUAAUACCGCAUACUGUGUUAUGAAAACCUAAUGCAUGUUAGAUGAGAUUAACAUAUUAUGUUUAAUGUCUAACUUGAUUCUGAACCUCAGAUUUUGCAAGAUUGUAUGGUAAUGGGGAAAUUCUCUGUAUUUAAUGUCUUCCUUAGCAGAUGAUUUAGUGUCAUCUGAACACUUAUGAUGAGUGUUAUUGCCAGUCUAGCCAAACAUUAAUGGCCAAUAUGAUUUUGUCAUUGGUAAAAACCCUGUUUAUUAACCUGGAUGAUAUUCAAAUAUGUUGACUGUGUUAUUUGAUUUUUUUUGAAAAUGACACAUUGUCUUCAUUCUUUGUUGCCAUUAUGUUUCCUAUUGGGAAGAUAUUGCUUAUUGUUAAAGUUGACAAUGUUCUUUUGAAUAUUAUGUGAAUGAUAUAUUACUUUUCUAUAAUUUAUUUAUGUUGACUGUUUCGAGUUCAUUGACCACAAGUCAAUGUUUGUACUAGAUAUAAUUUGACAUCUUCCCUGUUAAAAUGAAGAGCCAUAUGAAAGACUGAUAGAAGGAUGAUAUAUUUCAUGUCAUGGCUUGAAAAUAUACUUGCAUGGUUUAUAUAUGAACAAAAUGUAUGUGGUGCCAAACAAAACUUAAAAAUCUAUUGUGGUGUAUUGCCUUAGUUCUUUAGCUAGUGUCAGCUAUGUUAGGCCAGGUGUUGAAUGCUUGAUAUAUACAAUAUUUAUUUUUUAUUUUUAUUGAGCAUGUGUAAUACUGACAGAUAUAAGAAGGUACAUAUUUAUUUAUUUAUUAUAUAUUUGUCACAAUAUGGCAAUACAUAUGUCACUUGUUUUUAAAUUUUCUAUUUAUAUUUAGGGUCACUGUGAGAAAUUUGAGGGCAUUGGGAAAAAUAUUAGAAAAAAAAGUGGAAUAAAAUUUAUCCUACUUACAGCAGUGGUACCAGCAAGAGGGGGUUGAGAGGGAGUCAGGGCAAAUAUUUACCUCCCUAUCAAACCCCCCCCCCCGGGGGGCAAAAUUAGAUGUAUUGCUAGGCCCUCGCCUUCCCUCUUGGUAGCCAUUAUGCCUUUCUAUGUCCACUUCCGUCUCUCUUCCUGGCCCGUCAUUUUGUUUCAUUAAAUACUUGUGUGUGGGUAGACACACUAAUAAUUAAUUUUCUAGUUCUAGGAAAAUUUUAAUGAAGGAUUUAUUAAUUAAUUUGUGUGGUUUUUUUUAAAGUUGGUUUCCUGGAAUAAAGCAGGAUAAAGAUUUGUGAGCUAUUUGCAUAAUAUUUACAUAAUGUGGGAGCAAAUAUUGUUAAUAGGGCAUACCUUAUAUGUUUUACAUUAUUAAUAACCACCAUUGCUGGGGCUUUAUUUUGGAUUAACCAAUUAUCAAUUAUUAAUUUGUAUACUACAUCAUUAAUGUAAUAUACAGUAAGUCGCAUCUUUGAAAUUAAUAAGAAGCCUGCAUUUAAUUAUUAAGGCCACCAU